UUGCCUUUUCGACUCAACGGAUCGACUGAGGGAUCUUUACCGGAGCUCCGUCCGGGGUUCGAUCUCGAGUGGCCGGUGUGGUGUUUCUUGGUGUACGGUACGUGGUUUUCCAGCCAUCGCCACCCGGUAGGAAGUCUGGGAAGAGCACACGCUGAGGAGGGAACUUGCUCCAUCCAUGAGGAGGCAUCUAACAGGACCACUUUGACCAGAGACUCAGAGCCUAUGGAUCAAAUGGACUCUGGAGAAGGGAAGGAGAAGCCAUCAGAUCAGUCUCAGUAUUUAACGCCCUCAUCAAAAGGACGACAACGGAAGAAAAACUCCAGAUAUGCCGACUACGAAACAGAUGACACGAAAUUAGACGACAAUGUCAACGUCAAAUCUCAGAAAACAACCAGACGGAGCUCAGGAGGCCAAAGAGCAGCCCCUCGGGAGAGUCCGGCGAAGAACAGAAAGGCCAGGAGGUCAGCUCAGCCAGCAGGAGACGGAGAGAAGAAAUCCUCCGGCAGAAAAACCCCAGAGCCGGCCGACCAAACCGCUGUGAAAACGCCGAAGAAGAAGAGAGGGAGACCCAGGAAAUCGCUGUCAAACAGCACGACUGAAGAAGCUGCUGUUGCCGGCGGCGACCGGCCGGCCGGAGAGGCCGGAGAGGCCGAAGUCGCAAACUCCCUGCAGCCUGAAAAUGGCACGCCGAAGCCAAAGAGGAAGUACGUUCGGAAGCAGUAUGUGCAGAGGGCGGAAAGUCCACAGCCUGAAAACGGCUCCGAGGGACUUCCGAAGGAAACCGAGGAGGAGCUGGGAGCAGGAGGCCGUCGCAGGAGAGGGGCGGCCAAAGCGGCGUUGAGGUACCUGCAGAUUUUGGCAAAAGAGGUGUUUUCCAGCGGCGGCGAGGAGCCCGUGAGGAGCCAGCAGCCCGCCGACAGCCAGGAGAAGCUCCCAAAACAGGGAAAUGUGAAAGGACGCAGAGGCCGAAAGCGGAAAUGUUUCAACAGCGACGCCUCCGAAGAUGAAGACUUUGUGCCAGACACUGCAGAGGAAGAGGCCGAUGAAGUAGAGGAAGAAGAAGAGGAGGACGAGAAGGAGGACGGAGAAUCUUCAGAUCCAGACUCUGACAUGGUUCCAUUCAGAAAAAAUUCAUCUGCUUUUUACAGUAGCAGGAGCAACGCGGCCUCUGGUGGCCUUUCCCACAACGGACUCCCACACGUUGUUUUGCGAACUCACUGGGAUUCUGCUGAGGUUACCCACAAAUUCCGACAGGAGAACUGCAGCAGCUGGGCGUUCCCAGAUUGGAUCCCGUCCACUGACCAGUGGGACCCUGUGCCGCACAGUGAUUUGGAGGAAUACCUGCCCCGGGAGUCGAGUUCGGCCGCUUUCACCGUGUCCAGAGAGGGUCUGAAGGAAGACGCACCGGAGCUGACUCUGAAGAGGUUCGAGGCGGCCUCGCCUCACCCGGACCGCUGGGACUCGCUGCUGUUUGCCGGGGGACCCGUCUGGGCCUUGGAGUGGUGUCCCACCCCCGACGGGGCCCCGGCCAAUCAGCACAUCGCCCUGGCCUGCCACCCGGGAAUGGACGACGUCCACCAGGUGAACAGGACCUCCACCGAGCCCGGACUGGUCCAGCUGUGGGACUGCGGGAGGCUGGAGUACGACAGCAGACCGGACGCCCACCCGGCCCUGGCCUACGGCCUGGCCCUGGACAAAGGCUUCAUCUGGCACCUGAAGUGGUGUCCGACCGGAGGCUGGGAGCCUCCCGACAGUGCCAGGAAGGCUCCUCUCCUGCCCCGCUUGGGUCUCCUGGCUGUAGCCACCUCCAGUGGUGUGGUCAGCGUUUACAGCCUGCCUCACCCUGACGCUCUGCUCCCUCACGCCGAAAAACGCGGCGAGGGCCCGCCGAUAUACAAGGCCCAGGCGGUGGUGACCCUUAAACUGGGCUCCAUCAGAGCCCCCCGCCACCAGAGGAGUGGGCAGGUUUUGUCUCUUGAUUGGCUGCCUCAAAAGCCCCACAACAUCAUAGCAGCCGGGUUCUACGACGGUUCGGUGGGUCUGUGGGACCUGUCCACUAAGUCCGCGCUGCUGCGGGUGAGAGAGCCGGACCGGUCCAUGACUCUGCUGCCCUUCCGCUGCCUUCAGGCCCACGACCACGCCGUGCUGGCCCUGGCUUUCUGUCCGGCCUCCAGACACCUGUUGACCACGGCGGGGGAGGACCGCUUCGUGAAGACGUGGGACCUGAGGAGGCCGUGCGACCCCAUCACCGCUCAGAAGCGCAAUCUGUCCACCGAAAUCUGCUGGCCCCUGAACGCACCGGGGCUCCUGAUCACAGAGGACUGUGCCUUUGCGACGAGAUGCUCACUUGGAGUCCAUUACUUUGACCAUCACAUGCGCUCUUACUUUCCAAUCAUAAGGAGCACCACAGUUUGGUCCAUAUCUUAUUCUGAGUGGCUGCACUGCGUGGUGUCCUCGGACGCCUCCGGCGAGGUCAUCUUCGCCAUCAUGCCUCAGAUGGACAUCUGCAUUCCUUACUGCAAACGCUCCAUCAUGAGGCGUUUCCCCGUCUGCCUCACGUCUUUGGUUCGCCGCGAGGCGAGCGAGGAGGAAAGUGAGGAGAGGACAGGAGAGGAGGAGGAGGGAGGAGACACAGAGGAAGCUCCGGAGGGAGGGGGGGUGAGAAACCACUUCCUGACUCCUCUGCAGCUCCAGACCUACAAAGAAGCGGCGAAGAAAUACCAGCUGCACUAUGACGACACUGACAUGCUGAACCUCAACAGACUGGAGAAACGGGUUCUGUGGAAACGCAUGAAAGACACCGAGGGACAAGCAAUGGUGAACGUGGAUGAGAUGCCUCUGACUGCACUGUACAAGGUGCGUUUCAGCCCCAACAUGAGCAGCCAAGUGUGGCUGGCCUCCGCGGGCCAGACCGGCCUGGUGAGGCUGCACUGCGUGAGGACCUUCAUCAGCUCCGAAAUGGGGAAGAUGAUCGGGGAAAGCCAGGCCCGGUUCAGCUCGGAUCAGAGGAGGGAGGCGGCAGAGGGCCGGUAGCAGGACGGAAAAGACGCACAAAAAACUGGAAGUCUUUGCAAAAAAGAAACCGUGCAAUCAGGUUACAUUGAAUAUUAUUAGUUCACUUUUAUUACCUCUAUGGGCUGAGGUCUAAAAAAAACAGCUCAGCUUGUCCAUAAAAGCAAAAGGCCAUGAAUCAUCAUCCUUGUUGCAUCUGUGGUGACGUCUACAAUUAAUUUGACAAGAUAAAACUUUAUUACAACGUCUGUGGAGUAGGAGUUUCGGCCCGUAUCAACAAAUCAGGGAAGUUGCCACAUUCCCCACAGAUGAUUGAAUGGAAAAGGUGUGAAAAGUAAGGAGUUCUGAAUGUACAGAGCGCACCUGAAUGCACCACAGGUACUCUCCAGCAUUUAGCUAAGCUCUGCUGCUGUUUCAUUUAAAAACAGCCAAACAACUCAGGCUGCGAACUGGCGAAAUACUUGAAUUUUUCAUUUUUAUACAUUCACAUUUUAGAUCUUUCUCUCACCUUCUCUUCUUUUUCUCUCCUUUUUGCCUGUAUAGUACCUGGAAUAAAUGUUUAUUUUUUAAAGUUUAUAUUUAAAAAAGGGAGUGUGUAAAUAAUUCCAUCUAAGUAGAAUAAAGAGUUUUAAAUCCUUGUUUAAAAAAGGUUAAAAACAGGGUUUCAGUGUGACAUCGUUCAAUUAUGUGUGAUUAAAAGCAUCUAAACAAACAUCACCUCCAACUGUUGCCAUUUUUAAAAUGUUGCCUACAAUAAAGAUUUUUGUACUGAAGUCAAACUGAAGUCUGGUUAUUGAA